AUGAAAGAUUACAAAUUAAAAAACACCACAGGAACAGACAAGGAUGAUUUUUCAAAAAUGCGUGAUUUACUAGAAGACAUUUUGAAUUGUUUAAACUCAUACAGAAAAGUAAAAAAUGAAUUAAGUGGAAAAUAUGAUUAUACAUAUAAUGAACUUCUUAAUAAUAUUCUUGAACAAAAUAUUGUUAGUUUAUUCAAACUACUAGAAAAAAGCAAGGAUCUUGCGGAUUAUCUAAAGAAAGUAAUUGUUUCAAAAGGUAAAUUACCAGAUAAUUGUUUAAAAUAUAUCGAAUUUGAUUUUUCUGUAUCUUCUGAAUCCGUUGGAUUUUUUCAAGCGGUGAAAAAUAAAAUACAUAGUUGUAUAAGAGACUUUAAUUAUGUGUCAGAAAAAAAUAAGCUUUCAAAAUCCUCAAAAGUUGAACUCAAAAAAUACUGCAAAAAAAAAGCAAAUGCAUGGGAACUUCAUAAUAUCGAGGUUUUAUUCUUUGGAAACAAUUAUUCAUCGACCACUGAAUCAGCAUGCUCACGUAAAUCUAAUAGAAGAAAUAAUGAAAUUGAUUUUUCCAAGGAAGUUGAUUAUGAAGUAUUCAUUAAGGGAAUAUGCAUCUUUUUACGUUUAAAUGAUAGAUAUGAAUAUGAAAAUUUAAAAAACGGUAAAUAUUUUUCGACUAAAAAUAAAAGAAACAAUAUUCCCUAUAAUUCAAAAAAUGAUUAUGAAAAUCAGAUAACUGAUGAGGCUCUUACAGCAGAAAUGAAAAAUCAAUAUCCCUCUUUAUUUCAUGAUGAAGAUACAUCUUUUGUACUUGUUGAGAAAAAGAAAAAAAGAUUCCAUAAUAAUAAGGUUGAAAAAUUAAGUAAUAAAUCAGUAAAUAUAUCUCGUUCCUCUUCUUCAUCCAGCUAUAAAAAAAGAGAUAACCUUAAUUCUAAUUUAAAAGGAAAUCAUAAAAAUUAUUCAUCUUAUUCAACAUGUAGAAAGGAAUGUAAAGAAAAAAAUUCUUCUAUAUUCAAAUGCCGAGAAAAGCUAUCAAACAUGAUCAAGGAAAAUAAAAAAAAUAGAAAAGAAGAUACUAAUAUACCUAAUCCAAUAAUUAAUGAAAAAAAUGAUAAUAAAUGCAACUUAAAAAAAAUUGCAAAGACAGAAAUUCAUACAAUUAAUAAUGUGGUUUUGAAAAAAACAGGCUAUUCUGUGCAUAAUCACGAAGAAAAACAAUCAGGAACUCCACUGAAAAAAAGCAGAAAAAGAAAAAAUGAAGAAAUUAAUAUUUCUACUUCAACAUUUAAUGAAAGAAAAAAAGUCAACAUUAAUUCAAACAGUAAUUCGGAAAAUGUAGAAAUCAACAUGGUUGAUAUAGUAAAAUGCAAAAAUAGAGAUUAUUCUUCACCUAAAUAUAUGGGAUUAUCAACAAAAAAUAUGAAGAAAAGUAAAAAAGAAAUAAAUGAGAAAGAAAUUAAGAAUAAUUUAGUUUCCAAAGAGAAAUGUAAAGUUGAUUUUAAUGUAAAAAACAAUUUUCAAAAUUCAAAUACUUAUUCAAUGAAAGAAGAAGACUUGAAAAAGUUUGGUUCUCCUUCAUCUCCAUUUGAAGAAACACCACCUAAAUUUCUUAUGAAAAAUAGAAAUGAAAAGAAAGAAUCACUAAGUAAGAAUAAUACAGAUGGCAAAGAGAAAUGUAAAGUUGAUUUUAAUGUAAAAAGUAAUUUUCAAAUUUCAAAUGUUUAUUCAAUGAACGAAAAGGAAUUGAAAGAAAAUGGUUCUCCUGCACCUUUGUUUGAAGAAACACCACCUAAAUUUCUUAUGAAAAAUAGAAAUGAAAAGAAAGAACCACUAAGUAAGAAUAAUACAGAUGGCAAAGAGAAAUGUAAGAUUGAUUUUAAUGUAAAAAGUAAUUUUCAAAUUUCAAAUGUUUAUUCAAUGAACGAAAAGGAAUUGAAAGAAAACGGUUCUCCUGCACCUUUGUUUGAAGAAACACCACCUAAAUUUCUUAUGAAAAAUAGAAAUGAAAAGAAAGAACCACUAAGUAAGAAUAAU